AUGAGGAGGAGAGAGAGAGAAAGAGAGGAUAGGUGGUGGAAGAAGGUGGUGGAUUUGGAAGAGGCCAAGAACCAGUUUUUGUAUUUGCUUCCUGUGAUUAUAACAAAUGUAUCAUAUUACUUGAUUCCAGUGGUGGCUGUUAUGUUCGCCGGCCACCUUGGAGACCUCGAGCUUGCCGGCUCAAUCCUUGCACUCUCAUGGGCCACCGUCACCGGCUUUGCUUUUAUGGUCGGCCUGAGUGGCGCACUUGAAACAUUGUGUGGGCAAGGAUAUGGAGCAAAAUUAUACAGGCUGAUGGGUAUAUACCUACAAGCAUCUUGUAUCAGAUCCCUAUUCUUCUCUAUCCUCAUAUCCAUCCUCUGGUUCUUCUCUGAACCAAUUCUAAUACUACUCCACCAAGAUCAUCAAGUAUUGCAAUCCGCAGCUCUCUACUUGAAGUUUCUCAUACCGGGACUCUUCGCCCAUGGCUUUUUCCAGAACAUUAUGAGGUUUCUUCAGGCACAGAGUGUCGUCGUGCCACUAGUGUUCUGCUCUGUGCUUCCAUUGAUUGCUCACUUUGGCGUCGCCUACACGUUGGUUCACCGGACGCCUCUUGGCUUCAAGGGGGCCGCACUGGCAGCUUCGAUCUCGUUGUGGAUCGCGGUCGUUGUAUUGGCUGGAUACGUGCUUCUUGCGAAGAAGUUUAGGAAAACUUGGAAUGGGUUUUCGGUUGUGUCAUCAAAUCACGUUUUUGCCGUCUUGAAAUUGGCUCUGCCCUCUGCAGCCAUGGUAUGCUUGGAGUAUUGGGCAUUUGAGCUGCUGGUAUUAUUGGCGGGAUUGAUGCCACAAUCAGAAAUUUCCACUUCGUUGUUGGCGAUGUGUGUGAAUACAGAGGCAAUAGCCUACAUGGUUAUAUAUGGUCUCAGUAUGGCAGCAAGCACAAGGGUGUCAAAUGAGUUGGGAGCAGGCAAUCUAGACAGGGCGAAGCACGCCAUGGUUGUCACGCUGAUGCUCUCUCUCGUUCUCACUCUUAUUGUUGUUUUGGCUUUAGCCUUUGGUCAUACCAUUUGGGCGGGCUUCUUCAGUUAUAGCUUAACCACCAUCAAGAAAUAUGCUUCAAUGAGCCAUUUUGUUAUUAUUUCUAUCAUACUUGAAUCCGUCACAGGGGUCUUAUCAGGUUCGAAUCAUUCCUACUUUUUCGCUAGUCAGCCUAGUCUGUUCUUCAUUGUACUCAAAUUUUCGUUAAGCUUAAGUUUAUUAAAUCACCCAUUUGUCGCUCUCGCAUUACUUUAUCAGACAAAUUCGUAA